GGACUUUUACAAAUUGUGCUCAAAUUUUAGUUUGUGAAUUAAAGUAACAUAUGUAAAGCUUUUGUUAUUUCUGUGAUCUAUUGGACUUUGUGUAGGUUAUUUUGUGAUAUUGUUAAAGUGUUAUUGAUGAUAUUAUUAUUGGUCUGGCUUGUGAAAAUUACCAAGAGAACAGCCAUGUUUUCUCAAUACAAUCAAUAACUGGAAACUUAGUAAUCGUCUAGCUGUUUUAUGGUAGUGAAAUAUUUGGAUGUUACAACUGUUUCUUGUUGGAAUAAUUCAUAUUGCUUUUGUGGAGUAAUUCUUUAAGCUGUGGAGUUUAUCAGUGAAAUAUGUUCCAGAAACUUGUUGCAUUGUGAAUUGUGUAGAAAUGAUGGGGAAAAUAUUGAAUGAAAAAUAAUUGGCUGAAUGCCAGAAAGACAGAGUUAUUUGUUUGAAACAGUAUUUUACAAGUUAUUAACGGUCUACAGUGGUGUUUUCCUGUUUUAGCCUGUCAAGAUGAGUUCCUCCGAAUUAGAAGCUCUUCGGCAGGAGACAGAACAGUUAAAGAACCAAAUUAGGGAAGCGAGAAAAGCAGCAGCGGACACAAGUUUGGUACAAGCAACAGCAGAAGUUGAACCCCUCAGUAGAAUACAGAUGCGUACCCGGCGCACGCUCCGGGGACACCUCGCGAAAAUAUACGCCAUGCACUGGGCCUCAGAUUCUAGAAAUUUAGUAUCAGCAUCACAAGAUGGAAAGCUUAUAGUAUGGGACGGUUAUACAACAAAUAAAGUUCAUGCAAUUCCACUGAGGUCCAGCUGGGUGAUGACUUGUGCCUACGCACCGUCCGGAGCUUACGUAGCGUGCGGCGGUCUCGACAACAUAUGUUCCAUCUACAGUCUCAAGACGCGCGAGGGGAAUGUGCGCGUGAGCAGAGAGUUGCCUGGGCACACUGGAUACCUGUCAUGUUGUAGAUUUCUCGACGAUAACCAGAUCGUCACGAGUUCGGGUGAUAUGACUUGUGCGCUGUGGGAUAUAGAGACUGGCCAGCAGACGACGUCAUACCUCGGUCACACAGGCGAUGUUAUGAGCCUCUCCCUCGCACCGGACAUGCGCACCUUCGUUUCUGGAGCAUGUGAUGCCUCAGCUAAGUUGUGGGACAUUCGAGAUGGAAUGUGUAGGCAGACAUUCUCUGGACAUGAAUCUGAUAUUAACGCUAUCACAUAUUUCCCGAACGGUUUUGCAUUUGCAACUGGCUCGGAUGAUGCGACGUGCCGACUGUUCGACAUCCGUGCAGAUCAGGAGAUAGGCAUGUACUCGCACGACAACAUCAUCUGUGGCAUAACUUCAGUGGCCUUCUCCAAGUCUGGACGGCUCUUGCUCGGAGGAUAUGAUGAUUUCAACUGCAACGUCUGGGACGUUCUCAAGCAAGAACGAGCAGGUGUUCUAGCGGGCCACGAUAACCGUGUGAGCUGUCUCGGAGUCACCGAGGAUGGAAUGGCUGUUGCUACUGGAUCCUGGGAUAGCUUCCUGAAGAUCUGGAACUGAGGCAUUGUCAUGGUGACCAAUAGACACACACCCUUGUCACCAAUGGCAACAUGCCUCACUUGUCAACUAUAUAUAGUCUUAUAAGUGUACCUAAUUACUGUUUUAUAAGUAAUUAUCAUAACGAUUAUGAUGAUGACUAAGAAUUCUAAAUGUGCGCUGUGUGUAAACUGAAAUUUUCAAUUAGUGUCCAGCAUAUUUUUCAGUGUGAACUGUGUAUUUGAUAUAACUAUGAACUAACUAUUGAAGUCGUUUUUCACACAUGAAGAGAGAAAUGGCUGGAUUAUAUUUAUUAGGAUUUCUUUAUACUGCAAUAUUCUGUGCCGCAUAUAUGGAUUAAAACUCCAUGUAGGACUCAUUGAUGUUCAGAACUUCUCAACACAUCUUGGAGAAGCUCAACCUUGUCACCAACUGAAUUCGUUAAUCGGACAUCAUACCGAAGAGACCAAAAUUCAAGAAAUCAGAAAUGACCUGGACACCCAUACGUAGUGGAUACAUCGGAAAACCAUCACUUGAAUCUCUGUAGAUUUUGUAACGAGUUAUUAAGUGAUGAUAAUGUUAGUGUGCUUAGAUCUGCAUGUAUUGAAUAUUGUGUAAAAGUAUUUGUCAUCUGCCUACUGGAAAGUGUUUUCCUCCGUUGAUGAUAUGAUAUCAUGUCCUAAGAUUUAAACUGUCAUUUCUGAUUUGCUGUAAAAUUGAUGUCAACCCAACACAUAACUAAGUGUUCUUCAUUUUCACAUUUGUACUGAUUUUGUAUGCAUUUUUCUUAACAUUGGAGUGUGUAUGUUACUGUAAUAAAUGUAUGUGUGCCUCAGACCAAUAUUUACAGUACUUUUUAUAUCCUUAAAUAAGACGAGAGCAGUAAAGAGUUGAAUUAAGUUCAUGAGAAUGUAGUUCAGGAAUCAAUUCAUUAUCGGUAGAGAACAUCAAGUUUAGGCAAGUAGCCAAAAUUAUAGAAAAAAAAAUGGUAAAAUUUUGUAAUAAAUCUUGCUUGCUAAACAAAUGGUCGAAUGGAGCUCUCACCGAAAGCCAUUGUGUAGACAUCACUUGAAAUAUGCUUCAAAUUAAUAGAAUGAAUAUAUUUGUACAAUUGCAGUCCUAGUGGGUCCAUAGAUGUCAUUAAUGGGUAGUGCUCGACUUGGUUGAAAAAGGUCUAAAAUGCAACUGAUUGGAUGUGUGUGUGUAUGUUGUAUGAUUUUCAUGCUUGCUUAUUCGUAAGUAUUUUCAGUAAUGGUCUUUGAUUGUUACCUAGAUCUGACAAAAGUAAACAUAAAAAAUAUAUGUUAAAUUCAAAAGUGUAUUCAAUAUAAGGAAAAUUUAAUAAAAAUUAUUACUGAAUAAGCUUGAAUGGUACAUAAAAUCAAUUAUUAUCAACCAGUGCUUAAAUUGUUAUUUUGUCAAAUUGCAUUUAAUGCGAUCAUGUUAUACUUCAAAUGAAUGUAAACGAGGAUUGAUUGUAAAGCUCUUUUUAAUUUUUUCGUUAUUUUGAACAAAUUUUUAUACUCUCCUGCGGAAUUUCACCAAUGUUUCUAUGAUGCUAUUUAAGAUGUUAUUUUAUAUUUUGUAACAGGUGUUUUUCAUAUACUAUAUUGAUUGUUUAGUUGAACUAUUUAUUCUCCCAUUGUGUGAAUGGUCGUGGUGUUCACAGUAUGAAUAUAUGUGUUCUUUUAUUUAAAAUAUUUUUCAAAUUCAGUCCUAAAUUGGCUGGAAUAACACAUGAUCGUGAUGUAAAUUAUUGCCGGGUUAGCACCUUAGACACAGAAAACCAUUGCAGAUACUAGGAAACAGAUUUUUCUGGUAACAAGAACUUGUCGUUUGAAUGUGGGACAUGAAUGCACAAGUAUGGAUCGGAAAGUGUCAAAACUGUGGAAGUUGAUACACAUUUUAGUGUAAGUAAAUGAAAUGGUCUUGUAUUUGAAUGAAUAACGUGUAAAGCUAGUCCGUUUGAUGAUAUAGUCCACUACGCCAUGAAGUUUGUUUUAUCCAGUAAUCUUUUUUAAUAGCUGAAUACAACUGUAAAGUCUUAUCUGCAUUGGUGUAAGUGCCUCGUUGGUCUAACUGCGAGCAUAAAGUAUAAACUGUGUGCCUGGAACUCUUGUGAGGGUAGAUAUGGCCCGGAUCAUUCGAUGUGUGUUAAUGUAUUAUCUGUCACAGCCCAAGUUCAGAUUCGGUGAAUCGAAGAUGAGCUAAACUGACAAGCUUGUUUUCAUUAGUUCCUGUAAGUUUCGUGAAGAUUUUGGCAAAGGAUGGCAUCAAAUUAAAAAGUAUUCAUGAUUGAACUAAGUUAAGAAAUCCAAGUUUAAGGUUCAGGUACUAUGAUGGGGAAAAAAAACGACCGGACAUCUGGAAUUUUAUUUCAGUGUCAAAAAUGGAAAUGAUUUUGGGCAUGAUGACUGAUCAUUUAUUCAAUGUAUAUAAUUAUAUUCACAUGUGAAAAUUUAUUAAAGUGCAAUCUGUUUAUUAAGGUGUAGUGAUUUUGUAGUGAGUAAAUGGUGCAUGUAGUCUAUUUCUUUCUUUUUGUUUUUAACUAACGGCUAUAUCAGUUCAGUAUACAUCAAAACUCUCCAUUUCUGUGUAUUGUCAACAUUUGUCUUGCUUGAAGUUUUUUCGAACCAUUUUUGUACAAAAUGUCAGUAAUUUUACAGGAUAUUCCUGUAAGGUUCGUUGAUGUUUACUUAAAAAAAUAUAUUAGAAAAUAGGAAAAAAAUACAUAGGUCUACUCUUUGUAAUUUCUUUUUCUUUAGAGGAAAAGAUGGAUUAAAUUUCUAGUGGACCAUCAAUCUAGAUUCUAAGUUGUGAUAAUGUUGGUUCGCAAUGUAAACUAAUUAUUAUAAUGAUGUAAGACACAUAGAUAUCCUCCGAGGGUUUUCAAUUAUUUCUCUUGUCUUUUAUGUCGACUCUAGAAUAUUUGCUUGCUAGUUUUAUGCGUGAUUGAUAUAUUCUAUAGCCUCUGUGUUUACGUGACCAUUUCUAUACACAAAUUUCUCCCAACCCUUGCUUAAAGUAUGAGCUAAUGACAUUUAUAAAAUCUGAAUGUUUAACUUGUGACAGUUUUAUUUCGUGUUAAUAUGGGAACAAACAAAGAUCCUGUUACUUCAUAAGAUAAUGAUUUUCCUAAAAAAAAUUGGUUUUUAUACACAUGUGUAUUUAUCAACUUACAAAUGUUGAUUUUUACCGAACAGUUGCAUCCUUACUAUAGGACAUAGGUGGCUGUGUAUCUGAGGCUUAUAUAGUGUAAUUGUAUCUGUUAACUUUCAUUGGUCAAUAAAGCUACAUGUCUUAAA